UAUAUAUCAAAAGGUGCUAUUGUUGAUCAGCUUGGAGGAGAUCUAAAUUCUACCCCACUGCACUGGGCAACAAGACAGGGUCACUUAUCCAUGGUUGUACAGCUGAUGAAAUAUGGGGCAGAUCCGUCGCUAAUUGAUGGAGAAGGAUGUAGCUGUAUUCAUUUGGCUGCCCAGUUUGGACAUACUUCGAUUGUUGCUUACCUGAUAGCAAAGGGACAGGAUGUAGAUAUGAUGGAUCAAAACGGUAUGACACCUUUAAUGUGGGCAGCUUACCGAACACAUAGUGUGGAUCCAACCCGAUUACUCCUUACAUUUAAUGUUUCUGUGAACCUUGGAGACAAAUAUCACAAAAACACAGCAUUGCACUGGGCUGUGCUAGCAGGAAAUACUACAGUUAUUAGUCUUCUGUUAGAAGCUGGAGCUAAUGUUGAUGCUCAAAAUAUAAAGGGAGAAUCACCGCUUGAUCUAGCAAAACAGAGGAAAAACGUUUGGAUGAUCAAUCACUUACAGGAGGCAAGACAGGCAAAGGGUUAUGACAGUCCAUCCUUUCUGAGAAAACUAAAAGCUGAUAAGGAAUUCCGUCAGAAGGUGAUGCUGGGAACUCCUUUCCUAGUAAUCUGGCUGGUUGGGUUUAUAGCAGACCUAGACAUUGAUUCUUGGCUCAUUAAAGGGCUGAUGUAUGGUGGCGUUUGGGCUAUGGUGCAGUUUCUUUCAAAGUCAUUCUUUGAUCACUCCAUGCACAGUGCACUGCCUCUUGGAAUAUACUUGGCAACGAAGUUCUGGAUGUACGUGACGUGGUUCUUCUGGUUUUGGAAUGAUCUCAAUUUUUUCUUUAUACAUCUUCCAUUCCUCGCUAAUAGCGUUGCACUUUUCUACAAUUUUGGAAAAUCCUGGAAAUCUGAUCCAGGAAUCAUCAAAGCCACGGAAGAACAAAAGAAAAAGACAAUAGUAGAACUUGCAGAGACAGGAAGCUUGGACCUCAGUAUAUUCUGCAGUACCUGCUUGAUACGGAAGCCAGUGAGGUCCAAACACUGUGGUGUAUGCAAUCGAUGUAUAGCAAAGUUUGAUCAUCACUGCCCGUGGGUGGGUAACUGUGUAGGAGCAGGGAACCAUCGCUAUUUUAUGGGAUAUCUUUUCUUCCUGCUUUUUAUGAUCUGCUGGAUGAUUUAUGGAUGUAUCUCUUACUGGGGUUUCCACUGUGAGACAAGUUACGCAAAGGAUGGAUUUUGGACCUAUAUUACACAGAUUGCCACCUGUUCUCCGUGGAUGUUUUGGAUGUUUCUAAACAGUGUUUUUCACUUCAUGUGGGUGGCUGUGUUACUCAUGUGUCAGAUGUACCAGAUAUCUUGCUUGGGUAUCACUACAAAUGAAAGAAUGAAUGCAAGAAGAUACAAGCACUUUAAAGUUACAACCACAUCUAUUGAAAGCCCAUUCAACCAUGGAUGUAUAAGGAACAUUAUAGACUUCUUUGAAUUCAGAUGCUGUGGUCUUUUUCGGCCUGUUAUCGUGGACUGGACAAGGCAGUAUACAAUAGAGUAUGACCAAACGUCGGGAUCAGGCUACCAGCUGGUGUAGCACCACCUUCGUCCUGUGAGCAUAUCAUAUCUGAGUGGUGCCUGAAAAAUUUUCUCUCUCUCUCGAAUCCGCAUCCCUUGAAGAGUAGCAUGUUAUGUGUAGGGCUGAUGAUGAAUCUUAAGGUACCUUCUCUUCAUCAGAAUUUUAUUAACAAAAGUAAAAAUGGACAGAAUAAACUGCCAAACCUGAUAAGGAAGAGGAGGAAGAUCAAAAAGGGAUUUUAACAGUUCUUAACAUGAGAAUUAUUCACGACAGCAUAUUCACAGUAUUUGUUGUUGGGUUUUUUAUUUAAGGUCUUUCACAAUGGAGCAUGAGAUUAUUGAAGUAUUGACAUAAGUAGUUAUGUUGUGCUGAGCAGAAAAAUUUCUUUCCCAAUAUGAAUAAUUCCACUGAAACAAGAAUCUAGAAUAUAAAACUAAAUUUCAUGAUGCAGAGUUCACUGAUCACUAUGUUGUAGUUCCUGUAAUGUGAUUUUUUUAAUACAGAUUUUCUGUAGUAUUAUGUACAUUGAACAAUGUGCUUUUCGAUACUGUUAUAAACAUCAUGUGGUGGAAAAUCCCCUGUAACGUAUUAAGUCAUACCAGUAGGGCACGUCAGAUAAUGUUGAGAAAAAAAUACGUUGCCCAUGUUUUUUGGUGAUUGUUUUUGCCACCAGUUAGUGGUACAACUAAAUACUUGUAAUAACCCUGUUCUGAGAUUAUAUAGUCUGAAAUAAACAACUGCGCAAAGAAGGAAUUCUCUUCUGUCAAAGUUAAAGCCCUGCUUAAAUGCAUGAUACACCUGUAAAACUAGAUUACAGUAUAUAAUGUUCAGGAAAAAUGUGGAAAAAUUAAUUAUCUUUGAAGUAAUUGUGUGAGCAACUUACAAACUAGUGAUGUUUCAAUAUUGGGUUUGGUCCUCAUGCAGUACAGUGUAGUGUAAAUGGAGACAGGCUGGAAGAGAAAUUGCAUGGGGAAGCCACAGACGUGAAAGCAAAAAUCUCAAUCCUAAAAAGACAAGAUAGUUUUGAAUUGAAUACAACUGCAGAAGAAGAAUCCAGAAUUGUCAGAAACGUUUUUGUUUGUUUGUUUGGAUGUAAAAUAAUGGAAACCAAACUUUAAAAAAAAAAAAUCCCCAUAAUAGCACGCGCACACAGAAAACAUAAUGCAGCAUUCAGAAGAUGAUGGUGUAUUGGCACGUGGAAAUCACCCUUGAUUUCUUUUUUUAAGUUCUCAUGCUACAGAUAUGUUUGGAAGGUAAGGAAUGAUCCGAAAUUGCAUUCCAAAGGGGCUUUUCUUGAAUGUGAUGCACUGAUUUUUGUUAUGUUUUUUUUUCAUAUACUCACGGUGAAUUGUUCACUGCUUCCUUAACUAUUGUUUACAGAGAGACUGAGAAUCAGGUUAGGUCUCUUCUAAGUGCUGUAGCAACCCAGUGGUUCAAGAAACCUGUGAGGGGAGUUUGGGGAGGCGACCUGAAAGCCGAAGUCUGAGACCAGUGUAAAGAAUGUGUAUCUGUAUAUAAAUAAUUUAUCAAAUAGUUUUCUCCCUGUGAGUGUGUGUUUAGUGUAUUUAAAGCUGCUCAUUUUCAUUUUAUUCAACCAAAAAAAAGUGUAGGAAGAUACCUAAUGAGCUUUUAGUGAUGUUCAAUAUUGCUGUUAAUAGGCGUUACGCCCUGCAAAUUCACUGCAUGUUUGAUGCUUGGCAAAAUUAGCGUUUUCUGUAAUAUGCAGAUUACAGGUAAUAAAGCAAUCUAGUGGUAUUCCCGGCCCUUGCCUUAGUAAGAGGAGCAGUGAAACUGUAAAUAGUUGAUGUUCAGUAUUUGCAAGUAAACAUUUUUUCUGUAGUUGCUCAUUGAUCUCAAGACACACAUUUAGUUUGCAAGUACCAGAUAUCAGGAUUUACAGAAGUGCAGCGUUAGAGUACUUGAAUGUUUAAUACUGGAAAAAUCAACAUCGUCUUGGACACAGUUUUAAUGGGAGAGGUUUGGGUGUAGGGGUGGCAAGAAGCUUUUGCUAUUUUUGUCAGACAAAAUUUUUAAUCCCAAUGAAGACACGUUCUGUUUCAGUGAAAACAGUUGCCAUCAGUUCUUCGUAUUUUUUUCUAACAUGAAGACUUCACAGUGUUGUUUAUUUUAAUCACCAGUAACAUUCUGCGUAUUUAUUCGGGUUUUUUUUCCCGACAUUUCUGUUGGGGGUCGGUUGACUUGAAGAACUUCGAUCCACUUUAUUAAAUAUCACCUAGCACCAGAAGAGCAGUUCAGUACGUGAUACAAGUUUUGGUUUUAGUUGCCCAGUAGCAUUAACUGCCAUGAAUUGUGUCAUGUCACGCGCAUGUCAAAAAUGUUUGCAGAAGAAGAGAUGAUCUUUGGUAGUACGUAGUGAGUUCUACACUAUUUACUUGCUCAUAGCUCUCUGGUGAGUUUUGUUGAGACCUGCAGAAUUUGAGCAAUAGCAGGUAGUUGUGAAAAAUAACUCGCGUAUAUGGAUUUGGGUUGUAUGAAGUUUCCAGUGCAAAAUGUGACUUGUCUUGAGUAACACUGACUCUUUUGAUGUGAAAUCAUAAAAUUGAGCAGGGGGGAGCCAACUAUGCAGCAUUUUUCUGUCAAGUUAUCAAACUUACAAUUCAUUUGUUGAACCAAAACUGCAUUGCUUCUGAAACUUAACAAAGCUGAUCCAGACCAACAGUAGAUAUGACCAACUUAAUCUGACAUAGGUAGAAUAAAUGGGAAUUUUGUCUUGGCCCUAAACAUGUGCUGUUUCUUUGCAGGUUUCUGUAUUCUUUGUUCACCAGAUUAUUUUUUUUUUUUAAUUAAUGUGUAAAACAGCAUCACUACAUUUUAAGCUAUGGAUUUUUUUGUAUAUUCUUUAUUUAUAACUGUGCCAAGUAUUAUUUUAAUACUGUCGAGAUCUUGAUGUAUUACAUUGUGAACAAAAAAAAAAAUCUGUAAAAUGUUUAAUAAAUUAGCUCUCCUUACAUAAAUUAAAUCUGUUAAAUUUUGUAAGUUAUUAAUCAAAUAAAUAUUGACUCUUAGA